AUGGUCACGUCUUUGGGCAACCCGCUGUGCGCUGUCUGCUCUACGGCCGACGUAGUCACUACUCAGAAGCAGCUCGACCGAGUGGUGGAAGCUGCUCUGAAUUGGACGACGAAGAAGGGGAUCACCUUUGACGACUACAUGGUUAAGCACCAACACGAGAUCUGCAUCACAUUCGCCAAGUUCGAGCCCGUGCCGCCACCUGGCGUUAAUGCAGCGUAUGUAAGAAUGGCGUCCACAAUCACCAAGAAAUAUACCCGCGCUGGGCCUGUGAUUAGCAAGUUAACGAAUGAGUCGUUAACGGAGAACCUUGAUGUUAAAGAAAGGGCCGGAGUAAGGAGUUCUCCUUGGGCUAUGGAGUCUCCAUCAAGAGGCUCACCGUCCUUAAUAAGUCCGACCCAGAGAUUCCCGGUUCCUAUGCCCAACGCCUCGAGUGAAGUCGGUCCUUAUGACUAUGGAACUAUAGAGUGCAUCCAGUUACGACCCGGACUGCCGUUCUGGAGGAUGGUUGGUAGUCUUAUUCAUGAGUUGGGCCACGCAUGGAUCUUCCUAUAUCGACAAAAGUAUAAGCUUGGAGAACCGCUACCUGGCACCACGGCUUAUGAUAUGGAAGAAGGCUUCUGUCAUAUGCUUAGCUGCCAUUUCUGGAGGGAGAGAUACCAUCAACAUAGUUAUACAAAAGGAGACACUUAUAUACAUCUGCUGCCCAUUUGGACAGCGAGAAUAUGGGAACAUGACAAAUAUAAGGAGAUGAUUCAAGGAAUAUAUAAGGCACCUUAUCCCACUUGCCAACUCAUUCGAGAGAUAGCCAAGUGCAAUGGGGAAGCGUGUAUUUAUUCUUGA